CAGGGACUGGUUUCGACUCCGGAGUUCAAAGGAGCUGGGUGCAUGCACCGUCUGCCAAGCCAACGGGAGCAGCGGCUCUUAACCCUUUCCCCGUUGUGCCCAGGGCAACAUCCAGGAGCGGUCCAGCUGGAGAGGGGCCUGAGCCUCUUUGGAGGAUGAGAUGAGCGGGAGUGACCUUGGCUGUAGCCGGGGCUGCAACCAGGCACCUGAGAGUGGGAAACUGAGGAGAGAGGCUCCCGUGUUGCCCCUAGCCCAGACUUCCCUUGGGACUCCCUCCUGCUGGCUAGGCGGUCCCUGGAGGACCCUGGCUUCUGGCACCUGCUGGGCAGCUGCUCCUACCCAGCUCUCCUGGCCUGAGCCCUGCCUGGCGUGGCACCCCGGAGGCACCCCCACUUCCGCCAGUCACCCUCCCGGGCAGCUCCUACACUCAGCUCCUUCUCUAAGGAAAGUCUCACCUCCAUCUCGGAGCAGUCGGACUACAGAAGGCCCCACCCUUGGCUCAGGGAACGCCAUGACCGAAGUUGGUUGGUGGAAGCUGACGUUCCUCAGGAAAAAGAAAUCCACUCCCAAGGUGCUGUAUGAGAUCCCUGAGACCUACGCCCAAACAGAGGGCGGUGCGGAGACCCCAAGGCCUGACAGUGAGGGCCCCAACGGCAACUUUAACACCCGCCUGGAGAAGAUUGUGGACAAGAACACCAAGGGCAAGCAUGUCAAAGUCUCCCACUCUGGCCGCUUCAAGGAGAAGAGCAAAGUCCGAGCCACGUUGGCAGAGAACCCCAACCUCUUUGAAGAGAGGGAGGGCAAAGGACAGUGAAGGGGGCCAAGGAGGGUGCUAGUGCCUCCCCACUCCCUGCCAUCAGCUGGAUCUGAGACAGGAGCAUGCCACGCUGGCCUCUGGCCACAGCUGAAGCCAUGGAGGCAGUUGCCUGCUCGCAGGAAAUGUCUGGUUUUAGGUUUAUAUUUAUGUGCCCCAGCUUUCUGGAAGGCCUGGGAGAUCCCAGGGUCUUCCCACCCUCCUCCACCACGAAUUCUGGUGCAAGGAUGAAAAGUCCCCCCAGGAAGGACAGCCCUCCUGGAAGUGGUGGCAGCACCAGCAGGGAGAUGGGCAUGGCCAGGAAUGGAGAGAGGGAGCCAACCGACGUCACCUCCUCCCAGGGCACAGGGUCAAGGGUGAGUUUGAAUUGCUGCUCCUUCUACUUUCUCUACCUGUGACUGUUUUCUGGACCAAUUCGGAGAGCACAUUUUCCAGAAGCCACGUGAUGGGGGGUGGUUUCCUGGAGCUGGAGGCGGAGACACUGAACUUGAGCUCACCUCCUAACAAGGGUGGGAAACUUCCUGGAGCUUCACCCCCAGGUAUGUAGGGGGUGGAGGACCCUGGCACUCCUCGGGGAGUUCUGCAGAAGGCCAGAUGAGGGACCCCGAGGGUCCCUGCACACAUCCUCAAAGGAAAGCUACAUUGGCCUGAAUCCAAACUAGGGGGGCCUGCCCCGUGGCCGAGUGGUUAAGUUCGUGCACUCUGAUGUAGCAGCCCAGGGUUUCGCUGGUUCGGAUCCUGGGCAUGGACAUGGCACCGCUCAUCAAGCCAUGCUGAGGCAGCAUCCCACAUGCCACAACUAAAGAAUACACAACUAUGUACCAGGGGACUUUGGGAGAAAAAGGAAAAAUAAAAUCUUAAAAAAAAAAACUAGGGGCGGGGGGCGGCGCGGAAGCUCUGGUAGGGGCUACAGGCAGCCCGUUCUUCCCUCUCCUUCCCCUAUGAGUAUUGAAGAUGGAUCAGCCCCAGAAAUGAGUGAGCCUUGAAUUUUCUUUAGAAAAAUAAUUGUAGGUUUCUCUCUUUGUAAUAAACAAUGCUGCCAAAGCAGAGAACCUA